CACAAACGCAACAYAGAAAGKAAGGUCCUGGAUGAGUUUCCGCWCUAGGUCCGUCAAACAACGUCCCUGCCAUGGCAACGACGCAGGUUUGGGUCCUGUUCGUACUUCUUUCUGUGAGUUUAGCCGAAGAGGUUCAGUUAAAUAACAAACCAGCCACAAAACCUGUGCGACUUUUUACUGAGGAGGAGCUCCAGAGAUACGACGGCAGUGAGGAAGGCCAGCCUAUUUACAUGGCAAUAAACGGUGUUGUGUUUGACGUCUCCAAAGGAAAAGAGUUUUAUGGUAAAGAUGCUUCAUAUAACGCUCUAGUUGGGAAGGACUCCACCCGAGCUGUGGCCAAGAUGUCCCUGAACCCAGCAGACCUGACGUCAGACACUACAGGACUCACGGAGGAGCAGCUCCAGUCUUUGGACAGCGUGUUUGAGGGAACGUACAAAGCCAAGUAUCCCAUYGUGGGUUACACCGCAGCACGACUCCUCAACGCGGACGGAAGCCCCAACAAAGACUUCAAACCAGAAGCCCAGCCUCAUUUUCAAACCAGAGAUGAAUUUUAAUGUCGCCUCGGUUUUUCGUUUUUUCUACUCUGAUCAAACAGUGUUCUGAUCUAACACUAUCGGAACACUAUCUGUAGUGUAAGAUUUGUUCCCAUUAUUCUGACUUGAACGCUCGGUGUUCCCUGUGGGUUCAUUGUCUUCUCUGUUUUGACAAAUUUCUUGAGUCAUCUAUUUUUACCCUGGUUGUUGCCUUAAAGAGAGAUUUUUAUUAGUGCUGCAGAAAACUACUAAUAUUCAAAGAAAAUGUUCAUUUMAAAAAUGUGAAGUAAACAGACUACUUCCUGUCUGUGUGCUACAUCCUUUUCUGUUUGUAUUUGCAUCACAAUAAAAAAAACAAAAAAAA